AUGCCGCGGGGCUUCCUAGUGAAGCGGAGCAGGAGACCGGGGGGCUCCUAUCGGGUGCGAGCUCCAGGCGGGCCCCUCGCGCCCCGCCUGGAGGAAGCGCCCCGACAGCAGCAGCAGCAGCGGCAGCAGCUGCUGCCUCAGCCAAGCUCCCCACUGGCGGCCGUCUGGAGCGCGGGAAGCUCGGACAGCGCAGCCUCAGGAGCAGGGGAGCCCAAGCGCGGUGUCCAUUCUCCCGCCUCCGCAGAGUCCUUCCCGCUGGGGCCGGCCUUGGCGGCGGCGGCUGCGACAGACAAGCUGCCACUGCUCCCUCGCACGCCCUUGCCCCUGCCCGUGCCGCUUCCCCUGCCCGCUGCGACGCUCUGCCCCGCCGCCGCGCUCAAGCGGCCAGCCCGAGCCAAGGCGCCGCCCGCCAAGAAGCCCAAGGCCGUGCGCAAGCUGAGCUUCGCCGACGAAGUGACCACGUCGCCCGUGCUGGGGUUGCGCAUCAAGGCAGCGGCGGAGGGGGGCGCCGAGGGGCCCCGCGGGGCCCGCCCGAUGCUGCUGGGCGAGUUCGUCUGUCAGCUGUGCAAAGAGCCCUACGCCGGGCCGCUGGCGCUGGCCCAACACCGCUGCUCGCGAAUCGUGCGCGUCGAGUACCGCUGCCCGGAGUGCCACAAAAUCUUCAGCUGCCCGGCCAACCUGGCCUCGCAUCGCCGCUGGCACAAGCCGCGCCCGCCCGCCUCCGCCGGCCCCGCCCAGGACAAGGAGAACAGCCGCCGGGAGGCCGGCCGCGAUCAGCACCACGCCGCCGAGGACAGCUCCUGCUGCCGGGACCCGCCGACUGCUCGAGCCGCCCAGCACUGCCCAGCCAGCCAAGCCGGCGCCGCCGACGGCUCCAGCCUGGGCGCCCCUCCGGGCGAGCUCUUCCUCUGCCCCUAUUGCCACAAGACCUUCCGGCGCCAGGCGUACCUGCGCAAGCACCUGGGCACCCACCAGCCCCCCGGCGCCGCCACCGCCUACAGCGCCAGCCCGCCACUUCCUCACCCGCCUCCGCAGCAGAUCACUUUCCCUUGCCACUUGUGCGGGGCGCACUUUCCCUCGGCGGACAUCAGGGACAAGCACCGGCUGUGGCACGCCGUGCGCGAGGAGCUGCUGCUGCCUCUGGGGCAACCCGAGGGCAGCGCGGCUGCUCACGGCGAGCAGCAGAUCUUCUCCUGCAAGCACUGCCCCUCGACUUUCUUCAGCUCGCCGGGCCUCACGCGGCACAUCAACAAGUGCCACCCUUCGGAGAACAGGCAGGUCCUCCUGUUGCAGAUGCCUGUCAGGCCAGGCUGCUAG